AUGCACGGCCUCCGCCAUGUGUACCACGCGUUGGCGCCUUCGGCAAUAUGCGCAGAAGCACCCAUCGGUGGGGAACAGCUCCUCCACAACUUCAAGGACUUGUCCAAACAGCUCCUUUUUGGAUUCUGGCGGAGGAAACAGCAGCUCGAACCUCCCACUUGGGCCGUCACUGUCUUCGACAUAUCCAUCGUCAAGCUGACAUGGCGGCGUCCAUGGAGCCUGUUCGCCGACAUCUUUCUGAACUUGAUCAGACUCGCGGCACCAGAGAAGAGCGUCGUCCAAGGCGGCCUCCGCGGUGCGCAAGGCCCUACCCUUUGCCAGGGCCGUGAGGGGCCUGGCUGGCUUUGUGGUGGACCUGCGAUUCACCCACCCGAGUGUUGA